AUGGUCGAAUAUUGCUGUGGUUUGUUUGCAGCUUUGAGAUAUAAUACAAAGUGGUACAAUAUGCCAGUAGCAGCAAGAAAACUUCUUAUAAUGAUAAUGAUGAGAAGUGAAAAACCAUCGACACUGAAACUGGGCAAAGUUAUUGUAUUGUCAUGUGUAACUUUUAAUGCGAUAGUAAACAACAUGGAAAACGUUAGCGGAGAUAUAAAUAAUUAUGUUUAUUUAAAUGGACUUUUGCUUAAUGUAUUGUUCGAAAAUUGGCAGGGUCAGAAAAUUAUAGAUUCCAGUGAGAAAGUGUUUAAAUCAGCAUAUAAUACAAAGUGGUACAAUAUGCCAGUAGCAGCAAGAAAACUUCUUAUAAUGAUAAUGAUGAGAAGUGAAAAACCAUCGACACUGAAACUGGGCAAAGUUAUUGUAUUAUCAUAUGUAACUUUUAAUGCGGUACUCGCUUUAGUGACGUUACAUGGCGAUUUUGAUGCAAUUAUCGAGUGUAUACCACCGCUCGUUGUAGACUUCGGAUGCAUCAUUAAGCUGAUGAAUUUAACGUGCAAUACGAAGAAGAUCAAAAUACUUCUUAUACAUAUACAAAGAGAUUGGCGAUCAUGGACUAUCAAAAGUGAAUUCGAAAUUUUGCAUAGAUUUGCGGAGAGUGGAAGAAGCAUUACCAUCGCCUAUGCCGGUGGCAUGUAUGCAUUUGGCAGCCUUUUUCCGUUUCUCGCGAUAAUCCCGAAAAUAAUUGGCAAAAAUGUAACUUCCGAAUAUUCGACGCGACCAGUGGGAUUUCCAUAUCAUGUGGAAUACUAUGUGGAUCUCGAAAAGUACUACUAUCCCAUAUUGAUUCAUAAUUACUUAGCUACUGCCAUUCGUCUUACUAUCUUAGUUGCGACCGAUACCUUCGUGACUAUUCUAGUGCAACAUUGUUGCGUACUGUUUUCAGUCAUCAGAUAUCGGUUAGAGUACAUACGAAAGUCCAUCGAACAAGAUAAGGAACUCGCUUUGCUCGAGGAAGACGAUAAAUUUUACAAAAACUUUACAUAUUGUAUACAAAAACACAAAGACGUCUUACGAUUCGCGAGGUACUUGGAUGCUAUUUACACAAAAGCUUUGUUUUUCGAAGUCGGUUUAAUCAUAUUGGCGAUGAGUAUGUCAGCUCUACAGGCAACUAGUGGAACCCUCAACCCACCUCUUGCAAUCCGGCAUGCCUCAUACAUUACCGCUCAAUUACUACAUUUAUAUAUCGUGUGCUGGUUAGGACAGCAAAUAAUCGAUCAUAGCGAUCAUGUAUACACAUCGACUUACCGAGGUGAAUGGUAUGAAUCAUCGCCCAAAUCCAGAAAGCUUUUGAAUAUGAUAAUGCUGAGAAGUAUUUCACCCUGUACAUUGACUGUUGGAAAAAUCAUGAUUCUUUCUUUUCCGAGUUUCAGCGCGGUAAAACUUGAUAUAAUUUUCUUUGACUAUAUUCAUAGACGAUUAAAACCGUUGAAGGGCAAAAGAUUUGUCGAUGUUGAGGAAAUAAAGCGAAAUGCGACGAGGGAGCUGUUGGCUAUCACAAAAAAUGACUUCCAGGAUUGCUUUCAACAAGUGACAUAA